UCAAAAGUCAAGUCAAAGUCAAACCAAACAUUUCUUUGUAAUUUUGGCCGUUUUAUUUUUUAUUUUCUAGUUGUUGUUUUUCGUGUUUACUCCACUAAAUUCCGUGUAUUAUUAGUUUAAAAUGUCGGAAAACCCUGAUGAAUUACCAGCUUAUCUCAAAGACCGCAUUGAACGUAACCGACAAAAAGCAAUUGCAAUUAAAAACAGUAAACUUGUUCAUCACCCUUAUGCAAAAAAAGAAAUUGUCUCAAUAGACAAAACUACAAUUAAAAUUGGGGCAACUAAAUAUAAGGACACAGGUGGAGGUUUCUUAUUAGAAGAGCAUCCAGACCAACCAGAUGAAAAUAACUUACCACUUGUACAACCAGAAGCACCUAUAAUAGAACCAGAUCGUCCCCAAUGUAGAGAUUGUAAAAAGCUAUUUGCCACUUCAUGGUUGUUCGAUACAUUUGACUGUAAAUGUUGUGAUGAGUGCAAAGAAUCUGAUACAUAUAAGCUUAUAACAAAAACCGACGCAAAAACCAAAUACCUCCUUCAAGAUUGUGAUCUAGAAAAACGUGAACCUCCUCUAAAAUUCAUAACACGUAAAAAUCCCCACAACGUCCAUUGGGGCGACAUGAAGCUAUAUUUGGAAUUGGAAGUGGAGAAGAGAGCAUUCGAAAUAUGGAAUAAUGCUGAGGGCUUGGAGGAGGAAAGGGAAAGAAGAGAAGAGAAAAAAGUCAUAUCAAAAACUAAAAAAUAUAAUAAACAGUUAAAAGAGUUGAGAAUGAAUAUGAGAAGCAGCUUGUAUGAUAGGACUAGUGCUGCAGCUCACAGUCAUGAAUUUGUGGAGGAGGUUUAUAAUGAAGAAGAUGAUACUUAUUCUCGAAAAUGUACUACUUGUCCUUAUGAAGAAACUUUUGAAAAAAUGUAGAUUAGAAAAUCUUUUUUAGAGCUCGCAACGUUUUCAAGUUUUGAACUACAUUAUUUAUCUUAUUAUUUAUCUUAUUAUUUUUUUUUUUAAAUGGUUUCUGUUUAAAUUCAAUGAUUCAAUUGAUAUUGCCAAGCCUGUUCAUCACCCUGUUGUUCUCUUCAUAUAUUAUUUCAAUUGAAGAUACGGUCAAAUUUAUUUUUCUGUACAUCAUACACAAAAUAACAAAGAAUAUACUUAAUGGUUCCAUCACAAUAUUAAUCCCUCUCAAGAUUUCAACAGCGUACACCUUUUCUGCAUAAAACAUUUCCAUCAUACUCCAUUUUGAGAUACCGCAACUUACCGCUCAAAUUGAUGUUGCAUUUACGCAUCCAGUUCACUGAUCUAAAAAAUAAAUGGAUAAACAAUCGUACGGCUCGAUUGGCUAAACUUGUGCAUAAAUUUGGGGUCAAUAUUCUAUGAACAAUUGUGCAACGGAACAGCCUAACGCCUGCGCAGUGUCUCAUCUUUCGAACAACUGUUCUAAAUUUUGAAAUUCCUUCAUUUUCAUUGGCCAGAUUUUGUGCACGCACAGUACAUAUAUCUACUGCGCACACUCACAGCUGUCCCAGUUGUUUACAUUAGGUUUAACCAAUGAAAUUCAUUCUGACUGGUUUGUGAUUUCUGCAGAAACAGACUUAUUAUGACCUCGUAAAUUAGCAGCAUUCCAAGCGUUCUUUGUUUAUCCAUUUAUUUUUGAGAUCAGUGGUCCAGUUUUGAUUCGGUAUGUCAUUUCUGGAAUCGGGCAAUGUGUAUAAAGAGAUGGCAUUUUGUUUUAUGUUUCUUAAGUUUGCUGUUGGCUUCUACUGUUAGUUUUAAAAUGGAACUUCCAUAAAAAUAAAUAAAUGGAGAGAAGUACAGCUUUUGAACACAUUAAAACUUGUUUCUGAUGUUGAUUUUUCAAAAUAUUUUAAAAAUAUAUACUGCUGUGCCGAUUUCA